GUGCUCGGCUUACCGGCUGAGGCUGAGGCUUCUUAUCAAAACGCGCUAACCACAGCACUCACGGUGCUCUUCUAUCUUCACCGUAGGUCAAGGGUUUAUGGGGUGCAGGGUUUCCUUAGGACAUGACAUGAAAUCCCUCGUCCUUGAGAGAUCUCGAGGCGGAUCCAUCAUCACUCCGCUCCCCCUGCCACGCACAAGCGGCUGUGGUAAGCACUGGUUGAACCCCACAGAAAGGGAUGGAAUGCGCUUGACAUUAAGGCAACGGUGGGUGCUCUCCUGUUCAUUGAUGCACAGAUCCGACACAGAUCCGUGUGUGGGUCGUCGCCGUCGUUCGAUUGGAGCCCAGCGAGGUGACAACACAGAUGCACACAGACCUCACACGAUCAUGAGUGAGUGCACAAUGUUGGUUUUCCCUCAUUCGUGUGUGACAUCAGACCGAGUGACUGUUCGGAGAGGCGUUGCUUGAGAGAUCUACUUGCGAGACGAACCACCGAGAAAGAGGUGAGUCGUUGGGGAUGGAUACAGUGAGGAGAAAAAGGAGACAUCUGUGUGCAUCUCGUGCUCCUUUGUGCCUUGUCUGUCUGUGCAGACAGGCACCAACAGCAAUGGGAGGCGGAGGCAGUGCCGCACGUGACCCGUGUGCGUUCAACGGCAACACCGGCGUGUCCAGCCCCCCGCCGUACUCUGCCCGCAUGUCGCAGUUCGGAUCCUCAGGCGGGGGCAGAGGCAUGGGAGGCCGCGGUGCCAGCAAUGGGUCACUGCGCGGUGGUCCGCGGUCGUCGGCGCCUUGCAUGCGGCCUCUCGCCAUCGUGAAUGCCGAUUCGGGUGUGGUGCCGGCCACCCGACGGCUCAGCGAGGCCCCGACACACAUCGCCACGGAGCCACGGGUGCCGCUCAAGACGCGCUGGCCGGUGAAUGUGCCCGUCAUCGGCAAGGCAGCCACCAACACAGACACCACACUGCUUCGCGAGUAGACAGGAAGGCGGUAGGAUCGUAGGCGCGCUCCCACGCUCUCAGUCGCGCACUGCGUACGUACGUGUGCUGUUUGCGUGCGGACUAUCUUUUUUCUCACUGCCCUGUGUGUACAUUACAUGUGUAAGUACACGUGCGUGUGUGUAUACAUGCACGCGCACUGUUCGUGCGCGACAUGAAGAGUUUUCCCUUAUUUGCAUGUCAGCUUUUUUGCGGCAUUUUUCCGCUGCCAGCGGCUUGGUCUCAUUCCUCUUCGCGUCGGUUGGGAUGCCGACAGACAGCGCCGCCUCACAGACAGACAGACAGACGGAUGUGAGGGCGUGCGCGCAUGUAGUUCAUGCAUGAUGCAUACUGACUGACUGACUGACUGACUGACAAUUUUUUCUGACCAAUAUAUUGCUUUGAGGGGUCCUCUUUCUUUCCUUUCGUCUGAUGGACGGACAGACGGCAACGUGCGAGUUGGCGGCUCAGCGAGGCAGUGGGGAGGAGCUGUGCCAGCUGUAUUACAGACAUUCUUGUGUUGGGCAGGAAGUCACCCGUCUGCUGCUUGGGGCGGUCGGGUGGGCGCGACGUGGAGAACGGCGCGGGUCGGGGGGCUGCUCCCUCCUGGCUCACUGCGUACUCGCUUGCCCGACCCAUUCGUCCGUCCUAGAGCCCACAUGCAGUGUGCAGAUGAAGCAACAGGGCAGGGGAGAGAGUGGUUGAAAUGGGGUGUGUUGGCUAUCAACCUUUCUUCAUUUCGUUUUUGCAGCGAAGACACUCACGAUGUGUUUUCUUUUGAAUCGAAUGGGCACUACGGGAGAAAACGCACCGCACGAAACAAUCACACGCACAUGGGAAGAGCUCGCGUUAUUCCUGCAACAGGAUAAGGAAUUUCGCCCGUUGUCCUACGAACGAUUCACCUCUCCGUCGUUCCCGCCUCGAUACUGCUGCUUCCCGGUGUCCACAUCAGCUGGGGUCACCCUCGCCAACCGAGC